AUGUCCAUUGCAAGCUUUCGCCAAAUGCAUCCAGCUUCGUUCAAGGCAGGAAUAGCACUUCUAAUUGCGUUCUCCUGCGUUGCUCUGCUCUUGUCAUGGUCAAGGAUUAAUGGAGGUCCUGUUGAAGACCUGGGAACCUGGGAGCAACCUCAUGGUAUCGGCAUCGACGAAGAACCUUGGAGUGCCCCGGCCAACUUGUGGCUGUAUUGGGGGUCGAGCACGAACCGACGCUUCACAGGGUCUGGAGAGACUGUUCGCCAUAUCUUCAAGUUAGGAACCAUCAUGGGAGGAGAAUACCGUGAUCCUCGCUUCAUCUAUAAGCUAGACGGACCAUUGUUUCGCAAACUGAGCCACUCUUGUUGUGUCUCUCUAUUGUUUCCACCCAUGGAGUGGGAUUUCUACGUCCACAAUCCUUCGAAGGCGAUCGGUCAGCGCCUGAGGAGCUUCGUGGCCAACGGAAAUGCAAUGAUCUUCACAGGAGGGAUCAUAGACUUUGAGUUCAUCAACCGAUACUUCUUCUUCAACUUGGAGCAGGCAGACGGCGAUUACUCACCAGGGCCCUUCCCCUUGAUGCCCUCGUUCGACUCGUUGAGUGACAGCCAGAAGGAGAUGCUGGAAAGAGCUCCGUCCCUCCUCCCGCAGAAAGGCAUCGCGGUCACAGCUGUCAAGAAAGAGAGUUUGCCCCAGGGUGCGACAGUGAUCUACGGGUCACCAAAGAAUGCUGUUGUGUUCAUGGUCAAGUUCUGCAUGGCAGACAAUCCUGCUAACGAUGCUUCUACUACCCUUCCUCCUGUGAGAGUCUACCCCAAGGACUGUGAAGCAAGUGCAAAACAAGGAAGGCCGUGCUCGUGCGGCAACAUCUGCUACCUCGGGUACAACUACCAGGAACAAUACCCGUCCCGCUGGGACAAGACCAUUCGCUUGAUGGUCGAUGUGUGCUCGCAGUCGCCACCCGAGUAUUCGAAUCCCAAGAAUUACUGGCCUUCGGGUGCCUCUCCGAUGGAGGUUUCACAGAAAGAAGAAGACUCAGCUGAGAAACACGCACAGGAUGCAGAGGAAGGUGAAAGCGCGGAGGACGAUGACGACAAGGCAGCGCAGAAGUGGGCAGAUGAUGUCGAGAGGAGGAGAGUUGGUGGAGGAAUGGGUGGUUCAAACUCAGGGGUGCUGGUCGACAAUCCGAAUUCUAUGAAUACCGUCCGAGGAGGUAUUGCGUCUGAGGCAGAUCCCGGCCCUAGGGCGAUCAAGUCGAAGUCUACUUUGCUUCACCAGAAGUUUGCAGGACGCGGCAAGUCAGCCCAGAGACUGUCUCAUGGAGCGUGCGGUCCUGUCUGUAAGCUGAAGAAGAUGGUGAAGUCCCUCAAGACGAAGAUCGAUGCUUCCAUGGAGAGCGCGGGGGCCUGA